CGCACACCAAAAAAAUUGCGCUUAAUCAUAAACCUACAAAACUACUCUCUCUCCUCUCUCUCUUCUUGGGUGCCUAUCUCCCAAACUACAAAAUACAUUUUUUUCCUUCUAUGGUUCUCUCUCUCUCUCUAAAAAUUUUGAUGGUUGUCUCGCUCUCAUCGCCCCUCCAUCUCUUUCUCUCUAAUUUUUUUUGAUGAAUAUGGGAGUCAUAGUCUAUUUUUAUGGGGUGUUUUAUGCCUUGAAAUCAACAAAGGUCUGAAAAGCAUUUAAAGGAAAGAUGAAAAAAAUCACCAUUCUUCAAAUUUGAGGGUGAAGAAGAUCCAGGCCCCCUAAUAGUAGUAGUAAGUGCACUACAUUUUUAGCAUGUUGGUUUCAUAAGCAAGAUGCCAAAGAACCGCAGCUCCGUAUAAGAGAGAGAGAAAGGACAUGGUAAAAGGGGUUGCGGAUUUUAGAGAGAGAGAGAGGGAGAGCAGGUUGUUAGUCUCUUUGCCCUACUGCUCUGAAGACGCGCUCAUCGCAAAUGCAAACCCUAAAGACUUCCGGUUUUUCUCCUCAUUGAACUUUGCUCAUCGCAUGUAUUAUCCUUUUGUCCACCUAGAAAAGGGGGUUUUAGAAGAAAUGGUGAACAAAGGCGCUACAGGGGGGCGAGAUUUUGUAGCCGAGGGCUUAGCCAGGGCCCUUUUUGGUGAAGAUAUCGGCGGUAACAGUUUCCUUGAUGCUAGCUUCGAAGGUUCCGCUGAAGAGCAUCACAUAUUUUCCUCCAUUUUCUUUGGAAAGGAUCACCCUUUCAAGAUGGUCCCUGGGAAAUCAGGAAACUCUAAUCCAGAUACAGGGUCCAGUUUCAGUUUUAAGGAGCCACUGGGAACUAGUCUCAUAGAGGCUGGUGCAAUUAAGACCUAUUCCCCAUUGGCUGCUUCCAAUCCUGAAAACACUAUUAUAAUCCGUCAGUUGUUGAAGCCAUUGGAGAAACUUUCUGGCCUUGGGAACCAAGUGGAGAGACCUGAAGGUCAACCAGAGCCGGUUCCUGGAUCAAGCUGCUCUCAAGAAGGCUCGAGUUUGCUUGGUCAUGGAGUUGGCAUGGAUUCUAACAAUGGGUUGAGUUCGAAGAGCAUGAUAUCUCAUGACAGAAGAUCUAGCUGUGAGUAUUAUGAGUCAAGUUCUUGCUUUGUUGCCGUGCCUUCUGGGAAGCUACCCAAAGUUCUAAACCAGAGAAUUGAGGCAGGAACCAGUAAGGCAAGCCCUCAGUUCGAUCCUUAUGAUAAAACUUGCAGGCUUAUAACGAGCCCCAUUGUUGAAUCCUCUGGUCAUGGCAUUAUAUUGAGGCGCUAUUUCUUGAACAACUCCACUAAAAAAGAAUUUAAGGGCAGUGGUGAUGCCAAUGGGUGUUCUGGGUACAUGUAUCAGAAGCCCGUGGCCCCUUUGGAAGCUUGUAACAUGAAUUCUGCAAGCCCAGAUGGUAGACAGAGCCACAAAAAUUUCGAUGAACAAAAUUUUUCUGCUUCUGAUUUUCAAGAGCCCUGUAGAGCUCUUGCUAUUGUAAAAGAAACUGAGGACGUGAAACCCAUUGAUAUUCUUCCGUCGGAAUCGGAUUUUCAUAAUUUGUCAGCACUGGAGAAGAGCUUUAUGAUAUCAGAUCUUCGCCAGAGGUUUCGUCAGCAUCUAAGAGAUUUUCUUGUGGAUGCUGGGUGGGAAAUCAGGCUUCGGGCAAGGCGUAACAGGCCCUCUCAGGACUCUGUGUAUAUAUCACGGGAGCAAGGAUCGGUGUACUUCGCUUCUCUUCCUAAAGCUUGGAAGGCAUGUGGAGAGGGCUUUGGUUUUUGCUGUCACAUGGAAACAGCUGAAGAUAAGUGGUGUGACAAGAACAGGGUAUGGGCUGACUUGUCUGAUACGCUAAAUUAUCUUGAAAAGGAAGCACAGAAGAACAAGUGCUCUUCUUCUUUACCUUUGCGGUGGGAUUUACUUGAUCCUUUUGUCAGUGCUAUUCUUAUUGAGAAGCUUGCUACAUUUCAUAGGGACUGGACAGUGAGAUCAAUUGCAGGAGCAUUGGAUGUGGCUGAAGACAAUGAUGCGUCUGCUAGAGGCAUUCAUCACCACCCAGAGUUUGUGGCCAAGAAAGAGAAAGGGUCUUUGAGAUUAACUAGGGCAAUGAAGGGAAAAAGAAAGAUGUGGUCUGAUGAAGUUUCUGAAUCCUUGAUGAAAAGUGGCAAAAGUAAUGGAGAAAUAUGGAAGCAGCAAGCUGUUUGGGAUCCUUUGGCUUCUGGGGAAGCACCACUAAUUGUCGACCAUGAGGUUUCCUGUGUGAUAAACCCAACAGGACAGUAUUCAAACAUGAGUAGGAUUUUGCCAGGUAAUUCCAAUAAAAUGGAACUCCAACUAAGAGAGAGAAAUUGUGAGGUGGGACCGUCUCUAUCAUACGAGGAUCCCAGAUAUUAUGGUUACAUGGAUGGAUCUCAUACUGCUUCUAAUGAUAUAAAUGGAGAAAUUUUAGAUUUCUCAGCCCAACCAGAAGAAAAGUCGUUUCAAUUGUUGAAAGGUCCAUUGCCACGUGGGUCUGUUAACAACCUAAGAAGUAAUUCACUUGUCAGAACUAGCAACUUACGAAAGAAGUCUAAGAAGGCAUGGGCUAUCGAAACAAGUGAUCCAUGUGAAAGACACGACAAGACUGAUGGGUUUUUUGAGCUUGUAGAUAAGGUCCGGAAAACUCAUUCAGGUAUGUUCCAAAAGAAUGAUUUGAAUAAGUCCCGGAAGGGUUGCAGAAGGUCAGUUAUAGGGGCUGAUGAGGAGAAUGGUCCAGGUGGGAAAAAUAUUGCAGUCCAUGAAAAUGGCCAGUCUUUGGAGACUCGGUAUAGCAAGAAGGCUAAAAAAUCAAAUAGAUGCAAAUUGAGCAGUAAAAUUGCAGGGAAGAGACUAAGAUAUGAGGUCGCUUCAAACACACCUAGAUGUGAGAUAGAGGAUGACGAUCUUUUAGUUGCAGCUAUUAUAAAGAAAAAUGAAUUUACCCCCAAAAGUAAAAAGUUUAAGCUUAGGGCAAGGAAACUGCCUUCAAGAUCCACUAGGAAGCUCAAAAGUCAAAAGAGAGGUUGCAAGUUGCAACCUCGAAAUCCUUCCAAAGGUGGCAAGGAUUCCAUGGGGGAAUGCUGGUCCCCUUUUGGUAAAAGAACAGUGCUUGCUUGGUUGAUUGAUGAGGGUGUAUUGUUUGAGAAUGAGGUCAUCCAGUAUAGAACCCCUAAGGAUAAUGAAAUAGUCAAAGAUGGGUGGGUUACUAAGGAUGGGCUGCUGUGUAAGUGCUGUCAGGCGGUUUUUUCUGUGUCUGAAUUUAAAGUCCAUGCCGGUUAUAAACCAUGCCAACCCUCUCUGAACAUAUUCUUGGAGCGUGGAAAGCCACUUACACUCUGUCAGCUCGAGGCUUGGUCAAAUGAAUACAAGGUCAGGAAAAGUGGGAAACCUAUAGUGGAAACUGAGGAGAUGGACCUGAAUGAUGAUACUUGUGGACUCUGUGGAGAUGGGGGUGAUCUCAUAUGUUGCGAUUACUGCCCUUCAACCUUCCAUUUGGCUUGCUUGUCUGCGCAGGAGCUCCCUGAAGGAAGUUGGAAUUGCCCAUACUGCACCUGUAAGAUUUGUGGGAGUGUUGUGUCCCAUAAAGAAGCUUUGAGUUUACCCGUUGUAUUGGAAUGUUCACAGUGUGAACAUAAAUAUCACAGUAUUUGUGUGAAAGGAAAUGGCACACGGGGAGAAGAGGAAGUAGUCUCAGAUAAUUGGUUUUGUGGACAAAGCUGUCAAGAGGUCUACUCAGGUCUGCGUUCUCGUGUUGGAGUGGUGAACCACAUUGGGGAUGGGUUUUCCUGGACACUUCUUAGAUGUAUUCAUGGUGAUCAAAAGGUCCACUCUGCACAAAAAUUUGCGCUGAUGGCGGAAUGUAACACAAAGCUAGCUGUUUCCCUAACUAUCAUGGAGGAAUGCUUUGUACCAAUGUUAGAUCCUAGGACAGGCAUAGAUAUGAUUCCCCACGUCCUAUACAGUUGGGGAUCGGAUUUCUCUCGCUUGAAUUUUCAAGGAUUUUACACAAUUGUCCUGGAGAAGGAUGAUGAACUCAUAUCUGUGGCUACCAUCAGGGUUCAUGGAGUCACUGUUGCAGAGAUGCCCCUUAUUGCAACUUGUAGUCAACAUCGGCGCCAAGGAAUGUGUCGGCGUCUCAUGAAUGCACUUGAGGAGAUGCUGAUAUCUUUCAAGGUAGAAAAGCUGGUAAUAUCAGCUAUUCCUGAUUUAGUGGAUACAUGGACCUCAGGCUUUGGAUUUAAACCCUUGGAAGAUUCAGAAAGAGAAGAGUUCAUUGACAUGAACUUAAUGAUGUUUCCGGGGACAACUUUACUAGGGAAACGCCUUUCUGGAUGUAAAGAAGUGGAAAACAUAGAAGCUGCUCCUGAAGAAUAUUUGUCAUUGAAAGCAGAUGAACCCAAGGAAGUGGGUUUCAGUGAAGAUAGGAUUGUUUCUGUUGAUGAAAUGAAUUUAGGGGUCAACUCUGGCAGAGGUUUGAUUCAGGAAUUCGAACAUGGUGAGACUGAUAGUUCCAAAUUGUCUAUAAAGAAAAUUGUUUCUUCCUCUGUAGAAAAUGAACCAGAACAUAUUGACUGCAAUGCCAUGAGCAAAUGCUUGGAUGCCUCAGAAGUAAUUCCUGUCAAGGAAAAUGUUUCUGGAGUGAAUCAUUUAUCUGCCAAUAACAUGUCUCGUGGUACGGAUGUAUACUCUAAUCAUGUUUCUAGGGGACCUUUGAUUGGGCAAGAUUCUGCAUGUAUGGAUCCAAAGUCCAAAUCAGAUAGGAAAAUCAGCUAUAAUGCCCAUGAUGCUAAUGAUUCAUCCAUGGGAGGCAUGAAUGGCAUGACCAACCAAGAAAAUUGCAUCUGUGAUUCAGAAUAUUCCAAAGGUGGCACUUUUACCAAAACAAUUAGUACUGUUAUGGGUCAUGUAGAAACAAUUUCGAACACAAUCGAGGAAAAGAAGGAUGAUGCUUCGAGUUCCCCUUUGACAGUUGAUAAAUAUGAGGAUUCUGAGGUAUUGUCCUUAAGCAAGCCGAUAUCCGUGGAGUUUGAUUUGGCUGGUGCUCCGGUAGAUGUUUCAUCUACUUGGAAGACCCAACUUUCUUCUAGCAAAUACUCACUGGACGGAUUAGAAGAAAAUUUGCAAAAAGACAUAGCCAUUUCUGGAAAGGAGUGCUCAUGCAUGAGUGAAAAGUCAACUGAUUCUUGUCUGAAAGAAAAUAUGGAUCCUAGAGAACCCGUAUCAAAGGAUUUGACUGAGAAUGCCAAUGGUGAAAUGGGUAUUUUACAGGAAAUUAGAGAAGUUAACUGUCAACUGUUAAAGCAUGGGAAAGCUGAGAAUCUUAAAACAGAAUCUGUUUCUAAUGGGAGCCCUUCUCUUUCUUCUGCAAAAGGUGAAAAAGAUGACAUAGAUGACAUGGACACUGAACUGAAAGAUCUCCCUUCCCAUGUUUCAGGAUGUGUAGAACUUUCUGAGAGUACUUUUACUGGAAGUGCAAUAAGCAAGACAUCUGAUACCCAAUUGGAUGGGAUUUUUCCUGGUUCUAUUUUAGUGUCCCUGGCUGCUCCAGUUGAGCCUCAAUUUUCAGCAGCUGCUCCAGACAUUAGCCUAUAGUAAUGGCUUCGGAGAUGGUAAAUUUUGUCUAGAGUUUUUGGCGGAGAAGAAUGUCCAGUCGCUUUUGACUGGGGCUUCCCAGAUGGGUUCUCAAAGUUGCAGAGAAGGCAGUAGUUGGAUUGAAAAUAAUUCAAUAGAAUACCUAACUCACUAUUCACUAGUUUGGAGAUAUUUUGAUGGUUGGGCUUUCUCCUGUGGGAAGAAAAUGUCAUUCCCAGAACCAGCUUUAGAGGCUUAUAUGAUGCAAAUAGCAAAUGGGAAGCACUAGAUUGGGCCUCAAAUGAUGAAGUCUGUUGCUUAUAAUUAAUUGCAAAAUUUUGCUUACUCAAGAGGGCUGUGUAUAAAUAAACUAUGGAUGCACACAGGUGUUUCUUUUGAAGCACAUCUAUAUCAAUGGGAUGCUUGGUUUGGAAGCAUUAAAUUUUGGUGGUAUAUGUGAAUUUGGAGUAGCACAAGAUGAUCAUUCCUGAUGAUGGCACAAACGAUGAGAAAAACAUUGUGUAUACAUUUCUGGUUUUUAUAUAGAAUGUAGAUAUGCUGAGAGAAUGCCUUGUGUGGAGACUGUCAACUCACCUUGAUGAGGCAGAAGUGAUUUAGACAUGAGCCCUUUGGAACCUUGAAUCCAGACGAUGAAGCCACCUGUCUUAUAAUGAAUGAGGAGGCCACAUAUUUUGGUUGUUAUCGAGUCUGUUUCGCUUGUUACAACUUGCAAAUUACAAAAGUGUAGCUAAGCGAGAAGAUUCAUUUUGAAUGUCAUUGAAUUCAGUUUGGUUUCCA